AAUCUUGCUCGUGAUUUUCUUAAUGCUCUACAUCCUACGGCCUCACGGAUAGGUCAGACCUCUGCUCCCGCAUUAGUUGAGGACUGGAUGACUGAAAACGAUACUAAUUUUCUUCACUCUCCAACCGGCAUACUAGCUAAGAAUGAGUUGUCUGAGGGGGGCACAGUAUCUGGAAUCGAGCUGAAUGCGGAAGAUAGUGUUAUUUCGCCGAAAAAUUUGGAGGCUACCUUGGAAGUGGCUACUAUCCCAAAUAGGCCUCGGGCAAGAGAUGGUCCUUUCGCAAUCGUCCGCACAAAGCCUGUUCUUUCGCGAGCCUCUCUUGCUGGGUCUGCUUUUUUAACAGCACAUAUCAGUCAGCAAAGUGGAGUCAAAGACGGUGCUAGUUGCGCUUCCACCCCUAAAUGUGGAGAAGAAAUCGGACUUGCUAAUCCUGUAACUGAUCCUGUGUCGCCACAAGCAUCUCAGCCUGUGUCUCCUGGCGGACUAAGGUGCCAAGUUGAAGCUGAUGGAUGUUUAUCUGGGGUUAACGAGGCGCUGACUAGUAACGGCAAGACGCCACCACGGCCCACCGAAGCACCUCGGCCUUCUAAUCUUCCUAAAAGGCAGUUUUGA